AGAGUUGAUUUCCACGUCUCCCGUUAGUAGGAGGCGCGGUGAAUCGUCUUCUUCCCUCUCCCUUCAUUCCUCUCUCCCUCUCUCUCUCUCUCUCUCUCUCUCUCUUUCUCUCUCAAUGGAUCCUUCACGAGCCCGCUCUCACUCUCUUGGCCAAUCGGAAAUCAAUUGGGACAGGCUUGAUAAAACUAAAUUUUAUGUGGUAGGGGCAGGCCUCUUUACUGGUAUUACGGUGGCACUGUAUCCUGUCUCUGUUGUGAAAACCCGGCUACAGGUUGCUUCAAAGGAUGCCAUAGAGAGAAAUGCUUUAUCAGUUGUGAGAAAUAUUUUGAAAACUGAAGGCAUUCCUGGCCUCUAUAGGGGCUUUGGCAUCGUUAUCACAGGUGCCAUUCCUGCCAGGAUCAUAUUCCUUACGUCUUUGGAGACGACCAAGGCAGCUACUCUGAAGCUGACUGAGCAAUUUAAUCUUUCUGAACCAACACAAGCAGCUAUUGCUAAUGGAGUUGCUGGUUUGACGUCAUCUCUUCUUUCCCAGGCAGUUUUUGUUCCCCUUGAUGUGAUAAGUCAAAAGUUAAUGGUGCAAGGGUAUUCUGGUAACAUGAGAUAUAGUGGUGGAUUAGAUGUUGCUCGCCGGAUCUUGAAAUCUGAUGGAUUUAGAGGGUUAUACAGGGGUUUUGGUUUGUCAAUUAUGACUUAUUCCCCUUCCAGUGCAGUAUGGUGGGCCAGUUAUGGUUCAAGCCAGCGCUAUAUUUGGAGGCUCUUAGGUUAUACUGCUGAUAACAAGGAGCUAGCUCCUAAACAGUGGGAGAUAGUUCUAGUUCAAGCAACUGGAGGAAUAAUAGCAGGUGCCACAGCUUCUUUUGUCACAACACCUUUGGAUACUAUUAAAACUCGAAGACAGGUAAUGGAAGUUGAAAAGAGAGAAACAACCAGACAAGCUAUUAGAAAAUUGAUUGCUGAAGAUGGAUGGAAAGGCCUUUACAGAGGUUUGGGUCCAAGGUUUAUUAGCAUGUCAGCUUGGGGGACCUCAAUGAUAUUAGCUUAUGAAUAUCUCAAGCGCUUGUGUGCAAAGGACUAAGUUUAGUCUGCUUUCGACUGUUGAUCCUGCAGUUUUUUCCUUCCGGGUCACAACUAUCUUCUUUGCCCUGAAGUUUGUUAACAUACUUCUGGAGAUCUAACAAAUUUUGAUGAUACAUGCCUUAAAACUUCAUUGGACGGCUGGGGAGAGAAAAAGGAUGGUAAAAGAGAUGUUAUAAUGGUGCUUCUUCCAGUCUUCUGGAAAUUUAACAGUUUCCGUCAACUGGGCUGCAAAUUGUAGCACUUGUAAUUGCAAAAUAUGUGGUAAAUUCAUUUCUUUGUGCCUUUUUUUCCCAUUGGGAGAGAUUGGUCACAAGGUCCUCAUUGAUUCUGUACUAAACCUGACUCAGCGAAUGGUGAUAUAGUGAAUACAAGUCUCUGGUUUCUUUCUUUUUUUCAAUCAAGAGAAAUGUUAUUUUUCUUUUUUUCAAUCAAGAGAAAUGUUAUUUUCUUCUCUUUUCA